AUCUAUUUUACGUUUAGAGAUGAUAAACAAAUUUCUUUUUGUUGCAGGUAAUUUGAUUUUAAAAAGGUUUGAGAAAAAAACUCAACGGUACAGCUGACAUCUGAACGUUUCAAAGUCAUAGACAAAGUUUCGAACUUCAACAUAGAUAUGUACGCCCAAUUGAACCGCACAUAUUCUGUCAUGGCGAUCUGGUGUGUGAUUCUCUGCUUGCUCUGUGGUUUGUCUUUCACUUGUGCUCGCGAUGCCCAACUUGGCACAGCUCGUGUGGUUUUCCAGACUACAUAUGGUGACAUUGAGUUUGGUUUUUACCAUGACGUUGCCCCUAAAACUGUCGAACACAUUUAUAAGCUUGUGCGGCUUGGAUGCUAUAAUUCCAAUCACUUUUUUCGGGUCGAUAAGGGAUUUGUUGCUCAAGUGGCUGAUGUUGUAAGUGGUAGAGAGGUUCCUUUAAAUGCAGAACAACAGAAGGAAGGAGAGAAAACUAUUGUUGGUGAAUUUAGUGAUGUGAAACAUGUCCGGGGUAUUCUUUCAAUGGGAAGGUAUAGUGACCCAGAUAGUGCAUCAUCAUCAUUCUCUAUUCUUCUAGGGGAUGCACCUCAUCUUGAUGGCCAGUAUGCAGUUUUUGGAAAAGUGACCAAAGGAGAUGAUACUCUAAAAAGAUUAGAGGAGCUCCCUACUCGUCGGGAAGGAAUUUUUGUGAUGCCAUUGGAGCGGAUCAGGAUUCUUUCAACGUACUACUAUGAUACCAAUGACGAACAAAACAUGACUUGUGAGCAUGAAAAGUCCAUUUUGAAGAGGAAAUUAGUGGAGUCUUCAUAUGAAAUUGAAAGACAACGAAGGAAAUGCCUUCCGUGAGAACUUAGAGGAAGAUGUUUCAAGGGAGUGAAAAAAUUGAAAAUAAUAGGCACGGUGCACUCUUCAGAUGAGCAACAUUUUCCUAUAUCUCUAACAGGAGGAAAAUAACUUUCGGAGUUUUGAGAGGUUUGAUGGAUCAAAAUUCCAUGGUUAAAAACUAGAACCACUGUUGAUUUUAAACAUUAAUAACUGCUUCUUCAAUUUUUCUUUCUUUGUAUAAUAGUGUAAGAUGUUGUAAAGUAAAAGCUAUUCAAAUAUCUUUUUCUAUCAACGUUUGGCUUUUAUACCAAAAGUAUAGGCCCUACAUUUACGCUUUGUGGAUUACAUCAGCAAUAUACAUUGCAAUUUGAAAGCUUAUGAGGGAAAUGACUACUCAAGAAAACCAUAUAUUGAGGUUAUGAUUCGAAUAUCAAAAGUACUUCCACAA